CGCACCUCUCCCUCUCCACUCCCCACUCCCUCCAACCCCAGACCAUCUUCAUCAUGGGUGGCGCCGCUCCCGUCUUCGCUGCCGCCAGCUCUGCGCCCAUCGUCAAGCCCAAGACCCUGCGCCAGACGCUGCCGGCCGUUGCCGUCGCGGCCUUUGCGGCCUUUGGCGGCGUGCUGUACGGCUAUGACACGGGCACCAUCAGUGGUCUUCUGCAGAAUGAGCGCUUCCGCGAGGACUUCGGCCAGUUCUACCAGUCUGAUGGCGUGACCGGCGGCAUCCCGAGCAACCCGGACACGUCGGGCUGGUCGCUCUCGACGUCGAGCACGUCCCUGACGACGUCGAUCCUCAGUGUCGGCACCUUCUUCGGCGCGCUCAUCGGCGCUCCCGUCGCCGACCGCCUCGGCCGCCGCUGGGGUCUGCAGAUCGCCCUGCUCGUCUUCACCGUUGGCGUCGUCAUGCAGCUCAUCGCGCAGGCCCUCCCGCUUUUCGACGCCGGCCGUGUCGUUGCAGGUCUCGGCGUCGGCAUCCUGUCGACGAUCAUUCCCAUGUACCAGAGCGAGGUUGCGCCUCGCUGGAUCCGUGGUGCCGUUGUCUCCGGCUACCAGUGGGCGAUCACCAUCGGACUACUGUGCGCUUCUAUUGCGAACAAUGGCACGAAAGACUAUGGCAACACCGGCGCGUACCGCAUCCCCAUUGCGAUCCAGAUCGCGUUUGCGAUUGUCCUGAGUGUCGGUCUGUUCUUCCUGCCGGAGUCGCCUCGCUGGCAGAUCAAGCGUGGUCGCCACGAGCUCGCCGCCAAGGCCCUCGCCAAGCUGAACUCGACGGCGAUUGACGACCCCGUCGUCGUGUCCGAGCUCGCGGACGUGCAGACGGCCCUGGACAUGGAGCUCACGCUCGGCAACGGCUCCUACCUCGACUGCUUCCGUGCCAACGAGCGCAAGAACCGUGCCCGCACGCUCACCGGCAUGGCUCUGCAGGGAUGCCAGCAGCUGACCGGCAUCAACUUCAUCUUCUACUACGGCACGACGUUCGCUGCAUCCGCAGGUAUAACGAACCCAUUCACGUUCUCGAUCAUCUCGAACGUCGUCAACGUUGUCGCGACGGUGCCCGGCAUGUGGGCCAUGGAGCGUGUCGGCCGCCGCAAGCUUCUGAUUUGGGGUGCACUUGGAAUGUGCUCCAUGGAGCUUAUUGUCGCCAUCCUCGGCACAAUUUACAACGGCUCCAACCCCGACGCUCAGCGCUCGCUCGUCGCCUUCGUCUGCAUCUACGUGGCCAUGUUUGCAUCGACCUGGGGCCCGGCCGCCUGGGUCGUUUGCGGCGAGAUCUUCCCGCUCGCUAUCCGCGCCAAGGCACUCAGCCUGUGCACCAGCUCGAACUGGCUGUUCAACUGGGCCAUCGGCUAUGCCACGCCCUACAUGGUUGACAGCGGCAAGGGCAAUGCGAACCUGCAGUCCAAGGUCUUCUUCGUCUGGGCGGCCACGUGCUUCGGCAGCGCCGUGUUUGCGCACUUCUUCAUCGUCGAGACGCGCGGUCUGAGCCUCGAGGAGGUCGAUGAGCUGUACGCCACGACGACGCCGGCGCGCUCGACGCGCAUGAACGCCGAGAUGCAAGCGCGUCGCGGCGAGCUCGAGGGCGGUAAGUACGUCGCCGGCGACGAGCAGGUCGAGGCCGACGCCGCCAAGGCGCACGCACUCAAGCUCGACGACAAGGACGCGCAGUGAGCGCUUGCCUGCGCCGGUGCCAUUCCUCGGCAGUCUACUGCUGGUGGCGCAUGAGCGUCUCUCCACAGCCCUCUGCGCCUCGGCUCGGCAUUCCUCUUGCUCCUUCCUGUCCACGCCCACGCCUCUUGCUCCCUCAUGUCCACGACCUUCCCUUCUCUGCCUGCUUCUGUCUGUCCUUCUCUCACCCCUCUUUCACGCCUGCUCCACACUUGUUCCUCGUCAUCUUUUGCCCUUGUCUUCG